AUGCCGUUUUAUUUCGCUAUAAUCGGUCACAAAGAUAAUGCUAUAUACUCAGCUGAGUUUACUUUACCUCAGCAACCGUUUACUCUGGAAUUACAGGAUUUAAAUCCAUUUAUUUUGCAUGCUUCGUUAGACGUAAUAGAAGAUCUCCAAUGGCAAGCUACAAACUCUAAUGCAUUGACUUCGAAUAACUCAGGUUUGGUAGCUACGACUGGGACAUCUUUUUUGAGGUCUAGACAUAGUCAUAGUAGCGAAGGUGGACCUGGGAGUUGUUAUCUUUCGAAAGUUGACCAUUUUUAUGGCCUUGCUAUUACUGGUUAUAUUACGUAUGGGAAUAUUAAAUUUGUGAUGGUUCAUGGGAAUAGUAGUUCUCCGAAUACUGUCGCUACUGUUGAUGAUGGUGUAGUGAAAAGUUUUUAUAAGGAGGUCCACGAGCUGUAUAUAAAGACGUUGCUAAACCCUUUCUACAAAGUCGAUGCACCUAUAACCAGUCCGGUUUUUGACUCUAAGGUUAGAGCGCUGGCGAAAAAAUAUCUAAUAAGGUGA